UAUUUCUAAUUAGUAAAGACAAUUAUAGUUAUAAAAAGCGCUAACAAUUAUGAUUAGUGAUAAAGAAGUUGUUAACCAUUGCACAGCUGACGAUUUAUGGGUCAUUAUCAACGGAAAGGCCUACGAUGUUACUGAAUUUUCCCAGGAUCACCCUGGCGGACCCGAUCUGCUUCUUAUGCAUGCAGGUAAAGAUAUUACCGAAGUUAUGAAAGAUGGAGGUCAUAAGCAUUCUGAAGCCGCUUACAACUUAUUAAACAAAUAUUAUAUAGGUUAUGUUAACAGAAAUGCUGAGAAAGAAUGCGAGUGUAAUUCAGAUUUGGUUUCAAAAAGAAGUUUUAGUGAGUUUUUAGAUUUGAGUAAACCACUUUGGCAGCAAAUGUGGAACUGCACUUUUCGCAAAGAGUACUACUUGAAACAAGUUCAUAUCGCUAGGCAUACUAAAGAUGGUUCGCCUGCUACAAUAUUUGGCAAUAUUUUGGAACCGCUAACAAAAACUCCGUGGUAUAUAAUACCUACAAUUUGGUUACCAGUUGUGAGUUUCACGCUGUACGCCUGCACUUACAAAUACAGUAUAGUCAAUUCGUUCAUCUUAUUUUUCUUUGGCGUAUUUCACUGGACUAUUCUAGAGUACUUUAUUCACCGUUUCUUAUUUCACAUUGAAGCUUUGUUGCCUGAUAAUUCCGUGUCUCUAUCUUUGCACUUUCUGAUUCAUGGAAUUCACCAUUUCUUGCCGAUGGACAAAAAGCGUUUGGUGAUGCCCCCUGUAUUGUUUAUCUCUCUUGCGCUUCCAAUAUGGCUAUUCUAUAGAACAUUUUUAAACUUUGAACUUUGUUGUGGCGUGGGAAGUGGCACCAUUUUUGCUUACGUUAUUUACGAUAUGAUGCAUUUUUACUUGCACCACGGAGCACCUUUUAAUAAGUUUUUGCGAGAGAGGAAGACUUAUCAUUUAAAUCACCACUAUAAAAAUUAUAAUAAAGGAUUCGGAAUUACUAAUCCUUUCUGGGAUUAUGUGUUUGUUCCUGGUGCUCGAUCGAGUUAUAAACUUCGAACACUCGAGCUUUCAACCUGGAGUGACCGCAGAUAUAUUACGGAUAGCAUUCAGGGGUAG